AUGGUAGCCAAAGCAAUCGUUUGUAUCGUCGCGCUGGCUGCAUCCGUGACCGGGUUCGUCCAUCCUGGCCUCUUGCACACGUCUCGGGACUUGGAAAGAGCCAAGAAUCACGUACUCAAGGGUGAUGAGCCAUGGACCACAGAUUGGCAACUCUUGCUCAACAAUAGCCAUGCAUCACCAACAUACGAGCCAGACCCUCAACCCACCAUUUACCGCGGCUCGGAUGGUACUCACGCGGAAAACUAUGGUCGCCUCUACAACGACGCACAUGCGGCAUAUCAGCUUGCCAUCCGAUGGCACAUCCAGGGAGACGACCAAUACGCCGACGCGGCUGUUGCUAUCCUCAAUGCUUGGUCGUCUACCAUGGUGGCCAUUGGUGGUAGCAGUGAUCGCUUCCUCGCUGCUGGUAUCUACGGCUAUCAGCUUGCUAAUGCAGCAGAGCUUUUGCGUUCAUACAGCGGCUGGAAUGCCUCGGAUCAAGACCAGAUGAAGACGUUCCUCGAGGAUGUCUUCUUCUCAGAGAGUUACAGAUUCUUGACAACCCACAACGGGCAAGACGAGUAUCAUUACUACGCAAACUGGGACUUUUGCAACAUCGCCAAUAUCAUGGCAAUCGGCGUAUUUACUGACAACCAAACGAUGUACAACUAUGGUAAAAACUAUUUCCUCAGCGGAGACGGACGCGGAGCGAUCAACAAUUUCAUCUACAAGAACUAUACCGAGUCCGGCAGCGGCAAGAUUUUGUCCCAAGGCCAAGAGGCUGGGAGAGACCAGGGCCACGCUACUCUAGACAUUUCUCUGCUCGGGGUUGUUAUGCAACAAGGGUACAACCAGGGGGAUGACUUGUUUGCCACAUUGGGAGAUGCUGGGCUUCAUGCCUCCGAAUAUGUCUCGAAGUAUAACGUUGGGUACGACGUCCCGUAUACGCUGUACGAGAGUUACGAAGGCAGUCAGACUGUUAUCUCAGCGGAUAGCAGGUACACCCAUCGCCCAGGUUUUGAGCUUGUCUAUGCACACUACAACGAUAUCAAACAUGCCAACGCUUCCUGGACCAAGAUGUAUCGCGAUCAAACUAAUGGUAACUCUACCGCUGGGGUUGAGGGCGGAGGCGGUAAUUAUGGACCCAACAGUGGAGGCUAUGAUGUUCUUGGAUACGGUACCCUCCUCUAUCGCCUGUCGGCUUGA